GAAGACACAAUAUAUUCCACCCUAAGGAUAAAUAGCUUAACUGAAUUCUUAUCUGUUUCAUAUCAGAAUGGCAAUUGGAAAUAUCUCCGUUAUCGUGGCAAUAUUUACAACUCUAUUACUCAACACUUGCAAAGCUAUGAAGGAAUAUUCAGUAGAAACCAUGAUUUAGCCAAUCUCACUAUCUUCAACUUCAUUGAUUCUAACACCACUGCGUUCGAAAAUUGGACUGAGAUAUCAGACGCAACUCUAUUUGGAGGGCGAUCUAAGGCUACACUCGUACGACUCAAAGGACAAGUAAAUUUUAUUUAUAUAUAUAAUUCGGCCAACAUGAUGUGUAGAAUUACCAAUCAGCAAUUUUCUGCUAUCUUCUCACUCCACUAAAGAAUGAAUCAAGCUUUGCUGGAGUUGACAGGAUAGUAGCUGAUGAUGUUUUGCCAGCAUAUGACGGUGUAAUAAUUGACCUACAUAGACAGGGUUUACAUUCCCAUUUCAAAUUGUUCUUCUAUGGAAAAAGUCCGGAUAUACCAUAUGAAACGUUUUUCGAGGUAAUAUGAGAUUUAAUGAUGUAGAAUAAUUCAAUAUGUUUUCUAUGAAAUGUUUAUAGACGACUGGAAAACGACAAAAAAUAAAAUUACCAUUUGGAAAUUUUACAUCGUGUCUUCCUGGAACACUUCAAUAUAAUUCAGCCCUUUUACAUGUAUCUAAUAUAUCACGUAUCGGUAUAAAAGCACAUGAAUGGAACAAUCAAUCUGGUCCGGGUGCCGUCGAAAUAUUCUCUAUUUCAACAUAUAAGGAAAAUCAAAUGCCAGUUUAAAUAAAUCAAGCUCCCAUGAAUUUUAGACUAAAUAACACAAAGUAUUUGUUUAUGCUAGAACUGAUUUUGAGUUGAAUUAAAUAGCUUUAAUAAUAAAUAUCAUAAAUUUAUCUGCGAGUUUUGAAUGUUUUCAUGGGUUUCUUGAUAUUCAUAUAAAAAUCAAUGAAGGCAAGUGGUGAUGAAAGUCAGGUAUGUGAUUGAAAACGUAUUCAGGUGAUUGAGAACAAUUUUUUGAUACCUUAUCACUGAUCUUCGGGUGUUUAAUACACAUCGAAAAACGGUUUAAUUUCAAGCUUCCAACUGCUUUACAAAAUUUCAAGAACUCGAACUUCAUUGAAAGAAAUUCUUUUACACGAACUUAAGAUCAGGUUGUACAGUCGUAUACAGAUAUGAAGAUCGUUUGUUGUAAUACACGUCCCGUGAAAACAUGCUAACUGUGAGUAAUCAUGAUUACGUUGUCCGUUUAUUGCAAUACUAGAUUACGUAGUACAUGUAAAACAAAAAACUUGAAAUGGUGGUAACGAAUAACAAUGCGAAUGUAGUAUGAUUAUUGUAAUAUUGUUAUCAGUUUAAGUAUAAUAAAUUUAACUACAUAAGUAUGUUAAUUAAAAAACACAGGGAGGCUAUCGAUGAACUCAAUAAAGACGAGAAUUCGAUUAUCACGGUAACCGAAUAUAGAACUGCAAAAUUCCAACAUUACGAAUUUUAAUUCAUUGGCAAAAUGAGAAACAUCUUGAAUGAUUAUCAAAAUCUUUGGAAACUGAAUCUCCCAUCCUGGUAGCUUUCUCAUGAUUCUUCUCAAUGACCCGUCGAUUCACCUUGUAAAUAAAACGUCUAAAAGAGCUAUCCUGUACGCAUUUUCUUCCUUACAUGUGAACUAUUUGGACGUGAGAAAUUCAUUGAAUCGCCCAAAUGCAUUUGUCGAAACAGUAUGCUCAUUACAAAGAAUAAACUUAUCGUCCAUUAAUCGUUAAUAAGGAGAACAUUUGUCACACUUUUGUGUCAGUGGAUCGUUCUCUAAUUAAGAGAAACAUUUUCAGAAAAAAUGGGUCCAUAUUGUGAUCACCAUCUAUUUAUCUAUACAUUUCAUCAUCGAAUUUGAAUUAUACUAAUGAGUCGGCUUCCGGAGAACUUCAACUUCAUUCGACAAGACCUAUCAUAUACGUUCUCAGUACAUUUUGGUAAUAAUUUUUUGAUGCGACUCACAAGGAUUGAAUUCUUCGUCCCUUGUUCCCCAUGUUGUUUCCAAUAAGUUUCCACAAUUUCUCUGAGAUGUACCUUUGUGAAUAAUGACAUCACUUCUGAGGACCUCACUAUUUCAGCUCGUUCUGUGAGAAAAUACGAACAAGGAAUAACCAAGCUGUUAUAAUAGAAAGGCCUUAUUUCUGGUUGUAAAUACUAAUAUAGAUAAUAACAGUAGAAGACGUCGGAGGUAGAAUAGCCUUUCCAGUCGUUCUGCUUACGAAGAGAAACGACGCUACAUUAAGAAGAAACAUAAAAAAACUAAUUUGACGAGUGAUUCAGUAUCAUAAACGUUUGUAGAUCAUUCAAGAUGUGAUUCAUCUUGUCAAUGUAAUCAUUUUUGUCAUGUAGAAAAAUUUCCGUUCUUUUGUCAGCUUUUGUCAUGAUCAAAUUCUUGUGAUUAUUGAGUUAAUUGAUACUCUUCUUGUGUAUUUUAGUUAAAACACUUCUAAUAUGAUGUUUACUAUUCUGUUAAGUCCCGAUAAGCCUGAUGAAUAGUAACUUUGGACUCCAAUUAUGGACAAAUACCAAACGUAUAUAACUAAAGUAUCCAUAUUCAUACUAAUCUUAUUUUAGGCUUUACUUUGACCUAUGUGCCAUUGUUACACGUCUUAUCAUUCUUGAAUUAUGUCCUGUCUAUUAGUCACUGCCUCCCACAUUCACAGACACAUUUGGCCAAAUCUUGUACAAAUGUUGUUUUCUAUUUUAUGGUACGUUGCGGUCUGUUUGAUUGGUAUAUAAACCGAGUAUGCUUGAAAUACAUGGUUCACAUUGCAGAGGCUGAGGUUGGUGUUCUGGACUUAACUGGCUGGACUAGACAGAAAUCAGGACCGAUUAGGACUCUAGGCUGCUCGUACAUGUUUACGCGUUCUUGGUCCGAUCGAUAAUCCACUGCCCUCUGAUUGGUGGUAUUAUUAAGUUAUCCAUUGACAGGGCAGUCAGGCUUCAAGUUAAAGAACUGGCGACGGAGUAAAAAUAAUACGAUCCAAAAUCAGCCUGUAAUAAGACGAAAUUCAGUUUUCAAUUUUUUCGAGAAAUCAGCAUCCAGAUUUGUCAUCAAUGAACUUGGAAGAUACUGGUUGUUAUUUCUUCACACAGUAUUUUUCAUUACCGCUGCUUAUUCAAAAAAACGACUCUGCCUUCCGAUCGAUUUGAAGUGCUUUUUUAGCGACAGUUGGAGUUCUUAAUCAAAUUACGCACACAGCUGCGGAAUCACUCAUGCUUUCGAAAUGCGACGGAAGUGAAUGAAUUAAUUUUUCUCAAUUGCACACUGAGCUGGGAAUUGAUUGCAGCCUCCAUGAAUCCUCGACAAACCGUACUUUAAGUGAAACAGCGGUCAUUCAAGAUCCGCCCAGUGGUCCAGUACUCUGCAUUUCAGAAACAUGCCCUGCAAUGGAUUCAUACUCCAUUAUCCCUAAAACAGAAUGUGCACACAUUGGUUUAUCCUUCUCACAGAAAGAUUCCCUAUUAUAUGUUUAUGAAGUUGUCACGGUAAUCGCAGUCGAAGAAACAAAAAACAAACCAAGCAGUACACUGACUGUAGCUGCUCCAGAUGGAUCUAAUGAUUCUGCGACAGAAGUUUUUGACGAAUCUAAUUACCGAGAUUCCAUUUUACCAGAAAUUAUAUCGGAUGCAUCAAAUGAUAAUCAACACCUGGUGGAGUUUUGAUGGUCGCUGAUUAUCAUUGUGAUUCACUAUCUACCAGUGAUGUUCCCAAUAAAGUCGGUCACAAUAUUUCAGAAGAAUCAAACUUCAAUUACCCAUAUCAAGCGACGUUUAGCCCCACCACUUAGUCACUUUCAGUCGAUUCUCUGUUCAGUGCGCCAAACAUGUUUUAAACGAAUUCAAAUUAAUUCUAACUUGGAAAUGCCAAUUCGGAACCGACUCAUUAAACUUCCUGGGACACAUUAUAGAUGCUCAAGGCAUUCGACCACUUAGGACCAAAGUGGCGGCCAUUCUGGAUUACCCAGAACCGACCAGCGUCAAACAAUUACGAACGUUUAACGGCCUGGUUAGUUUCUAUAGACGUUUCAUACCAAAAUGCGCAUUACUUAUGAGACCUCCUACCGACCAACUUCGUGGAAAUGCGAAAUCCAUUAAUUUGGACGACACCGCAAGUAAAGCAUUCUCCACAGUUAAGGAACUGAUCGCUAAAGCAACAAUGCUCACACAUUACGACACCGAAGCACCCAUUAGUAUCGCAGUAGACGCAUCCGACUCGGUAAUCGGAGAAGUCUUACAACAAUGAGUUAACAACUCCUGGCAACCCCUGGCAUUUUUCUCUAAAAGGUUGCUAGACAACGAAUUGAGGUACAGCACACUCGGUAGGGAACUCCUAGCUAUGUAUUGUGCUGUACGGCAUUUCCAGCAAUUUUAUUUUCGAAUAUCAACCACGGAUCUUUAAAAAAAAGGGAAAUGUGUUAGGUUCCGAUAAGCAUAAUGAAUGGUAACUAUGGGAUCCAUCUAUAAAACAAUACUAUACUUAUAUUUUUACCGUAUAAUUGUUAGGUAACCAAACUAUUCAUAUUCAUACUCCUCUUAUUAUAGACUUUAUUUUGAACCAUCUUACGACAUUCACGUUAUACUUUUUUACUAAUUUAUAAAAUCUAAUGUUGUUAUUCUUAUUAGUCUUCAUAUCAAAUAUUAUAGUCAUUCUGUUAUAUG